AUGGCGCCCGUUAAUGUUGUUCACUUGCCCAACGGCCAAAACCUUACAGUCACGCCUGUCUUUGGAGGCCUCUUCUUCAAGUCGAGCGAUGUCCACACGCAUUCGCCAUUUCCGCCUGGCUGGACAGUUGUGCUCAACUCCGAGGAUGAAUUGGCCACGGACGAGCAAGAGCAGCAGCAGCAGGAUGAGGAGGAGCUGUUCCCACCACGUCGCAUACACCGCUUCAAGAAGCCCACCUUGAAUGGAGACCACCUCUACAUCUCGUCCAUAUCGAAUCCCAGUAGCAGCGAGUUUAAGCCGGCUGCGUCGCCAACCCGCCAGAUCGCCAUGAUGCUGUGGGCGACGCUGUACUGGUACUUUCACCAGCCCGAACCGACACUACAGGUCACAAACACGCGUUCGAAGAACACCGCUGAUGCUGGCAAGCCCAAGGGCGAAUGGCGCAUAAACAUCAACAGAGAGGGUGUUUUCAAAGGCAAGGUCGUGCUGCCCAAGCUGGAGCGCAUGGGUCUCAUCGCCAGCGAAGAUUCGACUGUCGGAUGCGCACAAGAAGAGUCUUCUCCUGAAGGCUGGACACAUAUGUUUGUCAGUCGAAGGACGUUCUGGCAGCUUGACCCGAGAAUAUACUUGUUCACUCUAUCGCCAUUAGCCAACACCAACUCACCUUUCCCGUCAGGCUCACCGUAUCCCUCGAGACCGUCGUCCCCAGCGGGUGGAUCUGAUGUGAAGAAAGAACAACAGCUUGAUCAGGUAUCACCAGGUCUGUGGUCACCAACGGCGCCAGGCCCCUUCCACUCGAGCUCGCACCUCCCAACAUACUAUCCACCCCCUCCCGCGCAAUAUGUCUUCACGAACAACACGCGACACCCCAUACGCCCGAAACCACCUCGACAGGGAGAGAUACUGUACACAAGAUAUAUACCUAGCGUUGGACAAUACCUGUCUUUCCGAGUGGCUUCCAUCUCUUCGAAAGCGCUCCGACACCAGGGGCCAGUCUCCAGCCCAAACCGCAACAGCCAGAUUGCAGCUUCUGACUCCGUCGCUCCCAACAUGAACUCGAUGAACGCGGGAAUGUCUGACUCGGAAUAUCUACACAAAUGGAUGAACGAUCCCCGUGUAUCGCAUUUCUGGGGCGAGGCAGGUCCACAGUCCCAUCAAGAGGAAUUUCUCAAGAACGGCCUACGAUCAAAGAACUCGUUCCCAGUCAUGGGAUGUUGGGACGGGAAGCCGUUUGGCUACUUUGAGAUAUACUGGGUCAAGGAAGACAAUCUCGGAAAGUACUUACCCAUUGUUAGCGACUACGACCGAGGUUUCCACUGCUUGGUGGGUGAGCAGGAGUUUAGGGGCGCACACAGGGUCAGGAUCUGGCUGAGCGCAUUAGUGCACUAUUGUUGGCUCGCGGAUAACCGGACAGAGAGGGUCAUGUUGGAGCCGAGGGUCGAUAACGAAAAACUUGCAAACUACCUUCAAGAAGCUGGGUUCUACAAAGAGCGCGAAAUUAGCCUUCCACACAAGCAGAGUAACUUGUUCAAGAUCAACCGGGACGUGUGGAAGGGUCCGGCGCUGUGA